AUGAAUAACAAGGACUAUUCGCAAAACCUCACGGUUCAAUACUGCUUUCCUGACAACAACUCAUCUUGCAGAAAGGAGCUCCACACUCCAACCAACAUGCUCAUCCUUUCUCUGUCUGUGGCAGAUCUUCUCGUGGGGUUGUUUGUUAUGCCUGUGAAUAUAAUGCAAUUGAUUGACUCCUGUUGGUAUCUUGGAAAAGUGGCAUGUUCUAUUUUUCCACUGAUCAAUAAUCUCUCAAUGUCAGCAUCACUCUGUAAUCUAAUUUUAAUUGCAGUUGAUCGGUACAUCGCUAUCAGUGACCCUCUACUUUAUUCUAGUAGAGUCACUGUUUGCAAAGCAUCUAUGUUCAUAUUUCUAGGCUGGUGUUUCUCUUUACUUUAUGUUAUUAUUUUGAUGUACAUUAAUGAUCACCUCACUCCAUCUCAGAUAUCCAGUAAAUGCUAUGGAGAGUGUGUGCUGGUCAUAAAACAUUCCUGGGUGAUUGUUGACCUGGUAGUUUUUUUUAUUACACCUUGCUCUGUUAUACUGGUCUUGUAUUCACUUAUUUUUAAUGUGGCAAGACGUCAAGCUAAAGCUGUUAGAGCUGUAAGGAAUGAUGCCUCAAACGGACAUGGAUCCAAAGUUUCAAGCUCUUCUGAAACCAAAGCAGGAAAAACAUUAAGUUUAGUCAUUUUUGUUUAUAUUUCUUGCUGGAUACCAUCUUAUUUAUGUUCUCUCUCAGUUGGAAGUGUCACAUCUGUGUCGAUCAUGUGGACUGUGUUUAUCUGGCUGAUUCUCAUUAACUCAUCACUGAAUCCACUAAUAUAUGCUAUUUUCUAUCAGUGGUUCAGAACAUCGGCUAAACAUAUUUUAACCUGUAGAAUAUGUGAAAUCUCAUCUUCUAGGCUUAAUUUGUUUCCUGAAUGUGUUUAA